UUGCGCAGGUCGAGGGCCGGAGGGAGGCGGAGGCGCAGUGGUCCAACUGCUGAGGAGUCUCCUCCAUGUGACAGUGAGCGGCGUCCCGGCUCCAGGCGACGCCAGAUUCUGGUUCCCGACCCCAAGCCCCGUCCACUGUCCCGGCGCCAGCAGACACCGGCAGGCCGGGGGCCCGCGGUGUUGUCCGGAGGCCGCGGGCGCAGAGUGAGUAGCCGCCGCCGGGCAGGUGCCUGAGGGACAGCCUAGACCCCGACGUCUCCCGAGAGGCGAGCGGCGCGGCGAGCGGGGCUUCUGUCAGCGCGUCUCCGCGAGCGCGGGGACAUGAACGGCUUCACGCCCGAAGACAUGAGCCGCGGCGGGGACGCGGCCGCCGCCGUGGCCGCCGUGGUCGCCGCUGCUGCCGCCGCCGCCGCCGCCUCGGCCGGGAACGGGGCCGGAGCGGGCGCCGGGGCCGAGGUGCCGGGCGCCGGUGGGGUCUCGGCAGCGGGGACCCCGGGAGCGGCCGGGCCGGGCCCGGGGCAGCUGUGCUGUCUGCGCGAGGACGGCGAGCGGUGCGGCCGGGCGGCGGGCAACGCCAGCUUCAGCAAGAGGAUCCAGAAGAGCAUCUCCCAGAAGAAGGUGAAGAUCGAGCUGGAUAAGAGCGCAAGGCAUCUUUACAUUUGUGAUUAUCAUAAAAACUUAAUUCAGAGCGUUCGAAACAGAAGAAAGAGAAAAGGGAGUGAUGAUGAUGGAGGAGAUUCACCUGUUCAAGAUAUUGAUACUCCAGAGGUUGAUUUAUACCAAUUACAGGUGAAUACACUUAGGAGAUACAAAAGACACUUCAAACUCCCAACCAGACCAGGACUUAAUAAAGCACAGCUUGUGGAGAUAGUUGGUUGCCACUUUAGGUCAAUUCCAGUGAAUGAAAAAGACACCUUAACAUAUUUCAUCUACUCAGUGAAGAAUGACAAGAACAAGUCAGAUCUCAAGGUUGAUAGUGGUGUUCACUAGGAGAGAUGGAAUUGAGAGUAAGACUUGGAUGUUCAUGUUAAGACUGCUUACUGCUUUUUCACAUGUAGAAAUGUUCCUUGUGUAUUUUUUCUACAGAAGAUUUUCUCUGGUUUUAUUUUCUUUGUUUCUGAGUCUAAUAUUUAGUUGGAAACUCAUGUAAAAUGAGCUUUCCUAGAUUAAAAAAUAUUUUAAAUAAAGGUUAUUAAUAUUA